AUGCCCCGACUUAUUGCUGUUUGCGGCGCCACGGGCAACCAAGGAGGUUCCGUUGCAAAGCUGCUCCUGCAGUACCCCAACGAAUAUACCGUUCGCGCUUUGACGCGGGACACUGCGUCCCCAGCUGCCCAGGCUCUUGUCAAACUCGGCGCACAAGUCGUCAAAGCAGACCUGACCGUCCCCUCGGACGUUAACGAAGCUCUGCGCGACUGCUGGGGCGUUUUCGCAGUAACCAAUUUCUAUGACCCGAAAAUCAAGGAUGACCCUGGAAGCGAAGAGCGACAGGGGAAGAACUUGGUGGACGCAUCUCUAGCAGCGAACGUGAAAUGCUUUGUAUGGAGCACGCUCCCCAGUUCCAGGAAGAUUUCUGGCGGCCGCCUGGUCUCGCGUAUUUACGAAGGUAAAUACCAGGUUGACGAUUACAUCCGAGAGACGGGCCUACCCGCGUCUUUCUUGUAUACUGGGAACUUCUACGAGAACAUGGUUUACCGGUCUCACAUGCAGUACCAUUCUGAUCGGGAUCUUGUUGAAUUCCGCCAGCCCAUCGUCAAAGACACGACGGAAUGUGAGACUUCAUGCUUGUUCAUCCAUCUGGUGGCCAUGAAUGCUGAUAGCGAAUUUGAAGUGGCGAUGCUGUACGUCGAGAAAGACCUUUCCGGAGUAACGAAAGCAGUCUUCGACCAGUGGGAUUCUAAGGCUGCGGAGCUGAACCAUCAGUACCUGUAUGUAUGCAACGCAAGAGUGAAGCCAGUCGACAUUCUCGCCAGCGUCAAGAAAAUCACAGGGAAAGAGUGCAUAUACACCGUGCUCCCAACCACUGGUGUUCCCGAUCGCGACAUCAUGUUCCAGCUGUAUAAUGAGAUGGGAAUGUAUGGGACGAAGGAGAUCCCCGACGAGAAUAUCCUCAAGCUCGGGGUGAAGCUGCAUGGAAUUGACGACUUCUGGCGAGACCUCCCUGGCGGACAUGAGCUUCGUAUGCAGGCGUAUAGGAUUGCAUGGAACCGAUGUUUCACUCGUAUGCAGUCAAUCAUACAUGCACUUUAUGCGUCCAUCAUUUCUCAAAUUGUCUCUCAAAUAAGUGACGCAUAUUCUAGUGUCCUGCCCGGACUGCCUUACUUCGAGCUCCCUGUCAUAGCAAUAUCAGCCGAAGGAGGGGGUUUCUCCGUCCAUUCAGACAUAUGUCGACAGCUUGAUGAUAUGUCCGUUCCUGACAGCUUGUCAGGAGAAGAUAAUAUGUUAAAAAAUGAACACGAGCCUCGUGGAGCGCUUCAAAUACACCUGUAUGCGGGUGAUUGUCUAAACACUGCCGCCAUGAUGAAGGCAGUCGUAACAGGCUUCUUGGAUCUUGUGACAGAGAGCGCGUCAAGCAAUGUCAGACGCCGGCCUGCGGCUUCGCUUGCAACUUAUGAUAUCAAUCUCCUGAAGGCUUGGUACGCAGCAUUAGAGAGGCGGUACAACCUUGUCGUUUUCAUGCACAACUUUGAGCAAUUUGACUCCGCGGUUGUCCAAGAUGUCUGUUCGCACGUACCGCAACUCCCUCUAAUAUUUGUCUUGGCCAUGUCGUCGCCCUCAUCACUGUCACACUUGCACGCGAUGUACCGCCGCUCGACGCUUGCCCUACUUCGUAUCCAUAGCUACAGCGUGCCUUCCGGGCCUGGAAUGGUAGAGUCCAUCGUCAGCAAGACUUUCUUCGAUGUUAGCUUUGAACCGUCAGUGAUGCUUGGGCCGGACAUACUUGAAUACAUUAGCGAUUUUGCUUCUCGUCACACUGCAUCUAUCGAUGGACUGUCCACUAUUCUACAGCUUGCGCACAUUAAACAUUUUACUGAACCUCUGACUGCGUUUGUGCACUCAUCGGACAUUGAAUUGAACGACACCACACAUUCGUUCUAUGACGCCCUUCAAAUGCGACUCUUGCACUCGGCUGUAGACAAUCAAGAUCUGCUGUCGUCCGAUCACGACCCGUUCGAUGCAGAUGGAUUGCUUCACUCCGUUGACGCGGCACGUGCAGAGUUCCAGCGUAAACUCCAAAGAUUCCGUGCUGGAUUCUGCGUUGCUCGAACGGUGCAACAGGUAGCACUUGAGAAGCAAAAGUUUAACAGGACUAGGAGUCAAAAUAGCUUGACAUUUGCGAGUACCGUGCUACGCGGACGAGCUUCCAGAGAUGUUCAUUAUCUUGGGCUAGUGGUGAAGAAGCUAUCUGGGGGCCAAUUGCGCACACUCCUGGAACGACUCUAUCAUUUCUUUGAAAAACUGGAGACUUCUGAUUGCAUUGAGGGAGAAGAGGAUGCCAGAUUGAAGAUUCAUGGCAUAAUGGCGCAGUUUCCUCAAGACACUCUUAAUAUCAAUGAUUCUCAGUACGAUAUGGAUAUGGGUGGGCGACCGCUAACUAAGGAUCCUGCUAUCGUGCAACUGGCCGAUGCGUUGGGCGAGUGGUUGGUAACAUAUUUAGAAGAAAGGUUUGUUCGAUUAGAUGAGGGGCCACUCUGGGACGUCUGGUAUAUGGGCUCGACCCCGUUUCCGUCUGAGGUACGAAUUCGGCUUCAGUAUUCGACAAAUGGUGAACUCAUCGACGUCGGUGCGCAGCUUAUCAACCCAGCACCUCGAGUCACUAUCGUCUCUGCUUUAGCGCACCCUUACGAUUUUGCGCACGCACACACUCAAUUCCUUCGUUCACACUCUCAACCACACUUUACAACCGGUUUGAGCAGACUAGAUAAAGAAAACAGUCGCAAACUGGCUUUGUGGGAGCUGCCAGAUACCAGCAUGCUCUUUCGGCGUUAUAUAGAAGCCGGGCGGAUGAUAAACAUCUACGACUGGUUCCAAUCUUUCGUCGUCGUACUCGAGGACCAGCGGCGACGCCUUCGUCGGUUGGAUCAAGGUGGUCACGCGAGGGGUAGAGUGUCACCUGCUGCAAAUUUGAGCAGGCAAGGCAAGGCUCCGGAACGCGAAUUUCUACAGAUGGAGAUUGAUGGGGAAGAUGAUGAGGAUCCACUUCCAGGAGAUGAGGAUGGGGAUGAUAGCGAAGAAGCGCAAGAGUGGCUGCUGGAAGUGCAGGCACGUUUCAUACGGGCUUUGCAUGAGCUUGAGCAUAUGGGCUUCAUCAAGCACACGGGUCGAAAGGCGGACCAUGUCAUUCGGACAGUAUAUGAUGCAACGGACUAG